AUUUUAAACAAUAGGAGGCCAUUAGCUGAAUUUCAAAAUAGCUGUCGACGCUCAUAAAUCGAAUUACUGAAUUUAAGUACAGACAAUUUCUGUUUUUGUGUGAAAUUAAAUCGUUUAUCGUGCGAAUCGUUUAAGUAAUAGUUAUUUUAACAUAAAGAAGCCGCUAAAAAUGUCUGCCAAAGAUAUUUUUUAUUCAGACAAGUACAAUGAUGAUCAAUAUGAAUACAGACAUGUGGUUCUGCCGAAAGAAUUGGUCCGGCAACUACCCGAUCAUCUAAUGAGUGAGGGCGAAUGGAGAUCUCUAGGCGUUCAGCAAUCUCGAGGCUGGAUCCACUAUAUGAAGCAUUCUCCGGAGCCGCAUAUUUUACUGUUCAGGCGACCGCUCGGAAUCGACCAGAUAACAACCACCACAUAGAUUUAUUGUUUCUUUUUCAUUUUUUUACAAGAUAAAUGUUAAGUUUUUCAGUGUAAGGGACAUGGAAGUGUGGGGAGCAUAAGGUCCCUUCUUUAAGAAUUUUUUUAAAUAUCGUCUCACUUGCUGAUAAUUUAUUCGUUUGAAUGGAAUGCUCUUUUCUUUUCGUCUAACUGUAUAUAAGAAGAUGUAAAUUUUUGCUUAAUAAAGCUUCGCCCUGCAAGUUAACACAAA